AUGACUAGGAUUGUUGCAUCUGGGGAGGAAUGCGCUGGCAGCAGAAGCCCCAUCGACUGCGGUGGUAGUAAAGUUGGUGGUGGGGACGGCUACGGUAGCCCCAAGUCGGGCAUCACUUCGUUCGGAGUUAUCGCGGCCUCUGCAAUGCAUGGAAAGAUGCGGUGCUGUGACACCUCACAAACUUCCCUAAACUUCCACCCCUCCAUCUACACCCAACGCCCGGAGAAGACAACCCCCAAUCCCGAAAGUGAUCCUGAAGCUCAGCCCAUCGGUUCGGGGAAUAAAUUGCUGUUUAUCUUUUCCGAAAAGAACGUCAUUCGGAAUAAAUUUUUGACCAUAAAUAAUGCCAACUUUGAUGAAAACGUGUUGGAUUACCUACGCGCAGAAAUCCGGUGCCUAGAAAGCGGUUGGUUGUUUUUUUCGCCUGAAGACAGCAUAGUCUUAAGAGCCGCUAAUGACUCCAAAUAUUCCGGUCAAGCAGAAGCCUAUGGGCUUCCCCUCUGCGGACCUCAAGAAGUCGAAGUGCUCGUUGUAUUCUAUCGAACGAGGAAAAUAUCCUUAACCACCUUUUUCUUCUGGUCCACGCCCUUCGAGUAUAUGGUUUUGCUCACAAUCACCGCCAACUGCAUUGUUCUCGCAAUGGAGCGUCACUACCCUUCUGGUGACAAGUCAGCUCUUAGUGAAAGUCUCGAGCAAACAGAGAAGUACUUUCUCGGAAUCUUCUGUGUGGAGGCCUUGCUCAAAAUUGCCGCUUUAGGAUUCGUACUCAAUGAAGGUGCCUACCUACGAAGUAUCUGGAACAUAAUCGACUUCAUAGUCGUGGCGACCGGUUUGCUGGCGUACAUUCUGCCCAACCUUAAUCAACCAGCACUUCGCGCUCUGCGGGUGCUGCGGCCGAUCAAACUGGUCACUGGAUUCGAGAGUCUGCAGAUUGUGCUCAAGUCUAUAUUUAAAGCAAUGGCACCUCUUCUUCAAAUAGGUCUUCUGCUUCUUUUUGCAAUCACCAUCUUCGCCAUUGUUGGAUUGGAAUUCUAUUCUGGCGCCUUCCAUAUGACCUGCUUCGAUGAACAUUACGAAAAUGACAUCGCGGAGAAUUACUUGAGCAACCGAAAGUGGAAGCAAGAAUCAGCAAGAUUUAUAAAAGAUCUGUAUCAAAUGUCAGGCAACCCCGACGUUCUCCCCGACUCUAUCCCAAACAGUAAGUCGCUCGUGCCCUGCAACAUUGGUAACGAGAGCUCCUCGAAGGGCUUCUUCAACGCUGCACAUGGCUCCUUUCGCUGCCCCGCUGGGUAUGUCUGCAAAGGUUACUGGGAGGGUCCCAAUUUCGGCAUCACCAGCUUUGACAACAUUGGCUAUGCCAUGCUGACCGUCUUCCAGUGCAUCACCAUGGAAGGCUGGACGGAUAUCAUGUACAUGACUUUUGAUGCCGUUGGCGACAGAUUUAGCGCCUUCUACUUCAGCCCCCUUAUUAUCCUCGGCUCCUUCUUCAUGCUCAAUCUGAUUCUCGGUGUCCUAAGCGGAGAAUUUGCCAAAGAAAAGGAGAGAGUGGAAAAACGGAGAGCAUUUCUGAAACUGCGAAGACAGCAGCAAACAGAAAAGGAGUUUGGUGGUUACAUGGACUGGAUUCAACAUGCAGAGGAAGUAAUUCUGGCCGAGGAUACGACAUCGGCAGAGGACCGGAUACGCAUCAUUGCAGAGAAAUUUCCUACAUUUCUCAUAUGUUCUCAUCCUGUAAUUCUGGCAAAAAAUACCCAAACACUUCAAUUGCUGUACUUUUCAGCUCGAAGACGAGCUCAGAAGGAGCGGACCAAGAAAAACAUCAAAGAUCCACAGGGACAGGAUUUAAACUUUGAAGACUCUGAACUCUAUUCGGAUAACAAAGGAAACGUGUUCAAUCAACAGGGCUUACUGCUUAAACCGGGCAAAGGACGAUUCGAAGCCUGUUGGAGAAAUGAAAAGCGAUUUCGGUACGCAGUUCGGAGGCUAGCUAAGAGCCAGCUGGCGUAUUGGAGCGUGAUUGUUUUAGUCUUUCUAAACACCAUCUGCGUCGCAAUUGAACACUACGGUCAGCCUGCUUGGCUUACUAGUUUUCUAUGUGAGUUAAGCGAUAUUGCUUUUAUGCCUCUUUUUCUCGUCCUCGUUGUGUAUCUAAGGAGGAGAAAUUGGGCUUCUUCCUUUAGUCUUUUCUCUCUCGUAGAUUACGCCGAGUAUGUCUUCCUUGGACUUUUCAUGACUGAAAUGCUUCUCAAAAUGUACGGCCUCGGCUUCCGACUCUACUUCCAGUCGUCGUUCAACAUCUUCGACUGUGUCGUUAUCAUCGGGAGUCUCUUCGAGAUUCUUCUUGCCCUUGUUCAGCCGGACACCUCCUUUGGCAUCAGUGUGUUGCGAGCACUGCGACUUCUAAGAAUUUUUAAGGUCACCAGAUACUGGGCGGAUUUGAGAAAUUUGGUGUUAUCUUUGCUGAGCUCGAUGCGAAGUAUCAUCUCCCUAGUCUUCCUUCUCUUCCUCUUCAUCCUCAUCUUCGCUCUCCUUGGAAUGCAGCUCUUCGGUGGCGAAUUUAACUUCGAAGAAGGUCUUCCUGCCCAAAACUUCGACUCCUUCGUUAAGGCUCUGCUUACUGUCUUUCAGAUUCUGACAGGCGAGGACUGGAACUCAGUCAUGUACAAUGGGAUUCGCUCUCAGGGUGGAACGAAUGGGGGCGGAUUCAUCUACUGCAUCUACUUUGUCCUUUUGGUUCUCAUAGGAAACUACACUCUUUUAAAUGUAUUUUUGGCAAUUGCCGUGGACAAUCUUGCAAAUGCGCACGAUCUCAGCGAUGCUGAACAGGCAGAUCAAAAUGAGGAAAAAUUGAAGGAGGCCAAGGCGAAGGGAUUUCAGCCUUCCACGUUGGAUCUCACAGACCCUGAUAAGGCUCACCUCCUGCCGUGGGUACGAACACCCACAAAAGAGAAGAAUAACCUGUGGCAAGAGAACUAUCCUGGAGACUCGACCAAUGUGAAAGAAAUGACUCUACAAGUGGGCGAUCAAAAGGCAAAUGGAAAUUUUCUCUCCUCCUCACUCUCCACGCAAAGGAAAGGACAAAAUUGCAUUUCCUUUGAAAGCGACGAGACAGGGCAGUUACCGGACUCUGAGAAUGUCGGACAUGGAAAACCCGUUCUACCCUAUAGUUCCAUGUUCAUCUUUGCCCCGACCAAUGGGUAA